UCAACUUUAAAAGAUACACGUUGUUUGUCUGAUGUACCUUUGUUUACUUUGCUAGACUGAUAAGAUUAAUAUUUUACUGGGAUUCACAGGUGUCGCCAAACACAAAAUGGCUUCCAUUGCGUGUCCUCUGGAUCAAGCCGAAUGGAAGGACAGAUCGAGGCACUGCGUGUCCAACGAACAGAGCUACCACUGCCUGGGGGACGAGUAUGGGAAUCUAGUCGACGCCUGUGUCGACCCAGUGUGGAUACAACCAGGGCACUGCCCGGUGUUUAAGAGCGAGGAACACCGAGUGGAAUCGGUCGUCUGCCAACCUUCGGAGUACAUCUGCCCUGACGCUGUAUACCAAUCUAACCAGGUCUUUCUAUACCCUGCUUGUAGAAUGAACACACAGACAAGCAAUAAACCACCACCGCCACCUUACACUGUGGCCAUGAGUAACCAGUCCACCACCCCUGCCCCCGUGCCCGCGGAAGAGCCGGCAUCCUGUGGACCAGCAUGCAUUGGGAUCGCUGUCGCCGUACCCAUCGUAUUGAUACUGCUGGGGGUGGUCAUUGUUUUAUUCCUCAUCAAACGGAGGUCAGCCUCUAGGGGCGGACAAAAGAAACCGUUACCUAACAUACUGCAGCGAUUUCAGAAAAGUGAUAAACAAGAUAGCACACAAAUUGAACUUGAAAACGAAGAACAGAAGAAGAAACUAUUGGAUGUUCAACAGAAGAAACCAGACAUGAAUAAUAGAGAUGAUCUGAAUCCGUUCUUGGAUGAUAUGAUGGACGAGGAUAACGAAGAGACAGGUCCAUGGGACCUCUUCCUGAAAAGCUUAAAUUUGAUGGUUGACAAGCUGUACAAGCCUCCAAGCGCCGAGAAUCUUGGAACCCGCCUACGCUCUCUGGAAGCCAUGUCGAUAGUUGGCAAAUGGGGAAGCGGUCGAACAACUCUGACAAAGCAAGCCAUUCUGGAGUGUGCGUUAAAUUUCGUCAACAGCACCUGCAAAUUUACAACAAUUGACAGAGUUACAGACUGGAAGAAAGGUGUGCAUGACGGCUGUGUGAGUUUCAUUUACCUACCUGACUGUAUCAAAGAGUGGUACACACCAAGCCAUGUGGAAGACCUAGCAAAAAGUUUAACAAGUUUGUUUGUUGAAUCUCGUGGUAAAUGUUUUGUAAUAUUGGGUGUCAGGGACAUCGUUUGGGAAAAGUUUAAACACGUUUUAUCACAGUGUGAUAUUUUCAAAGAAGAAAGAUUAAAUUUUAUGCAAGACAAAGAAAAUCUCUCUUCAAAGGACUAUAGAGAGAUACUGCAUAAACAACUUCAUGGGAAUAAUGCAAUCGUAGAUGUCUCCGAAGAUAUACAAGUUGAUGACAAAUCUAAGAAAGCUACUCUCGGCUCCAAAAACGCAGAACUUCUUGUUGCCAAAGAGAAUAGUGUCAUAGGAUUACCUGAACUUAUGGCCCUCUCAAGUAAAAAUCGUCGAAUUUUAAGUAACGUUGCGAGAUUUUGUGCGGAACCUUUAAGUGUUAUCAAAGAUGACUUGAAACAAAUGUCGGAAUCUCCGAAGAUUUCAGAAAAACACAAGUUUGUGGUGCUAACCUAUGCAAUGAUUCAUAACGGCAGAUUCAGUUUGCAAAAACUGAAUGAGAAUUUGCUGAGGUCGAUUCGAACCAUUUUUGCCGUUUUUAGUCCCCCUGAUGACUACUUUGAGGAUGCAGUUGACAAACUAAUGGAAGAGUAUCUUGAAAUUAGCACAGACAAAGCAACGUAUUAUAUACAACAUGAAAUCAUAACGCGCAUUCUCUUUGAGAUUGUUGCAGAGAGUAAGAUAGACUUUCUUAUUCAGAAUUGCGACUCAAGGCUUCUACUGAACUGUAUCCGUCCUGCCACGUUUACCUUUUCUUCCAUCUUUGGCAAACUCAACAAGGAACUCGUGGUGGGAAUUGAACCAGGCCACCAUCAAGCCCUGUGUGAAAGAUUUAAGCAAAUAGAGAGUGGGGGCGAAAACGAGGUCCGGAAACACGUGAUUAUUGAAGAUGCAGCAUUUCAGAGACUCAUGGUGUAGUUUCAAAAUUAUUUCCUCUAUAUCUUUUUUACUUUUACAUAACGUUUAACUCUAAUUUUUAAAUCGAUAUAUAGUUUAAGAUAUCAGUGUUCAUUUACUUUGAAGUAUCUGAUGUAAAUUAAACAGUUAUAUCUUUUUAUAUAGCAGCAUCUAUGAAUAUAAGUCAGUAAUCAAUAUACGCUACUUUGCCAAAUAAAGUUUUGUACACAAAACAAAA